GCUACAGCAGCUGGGGAAGCGAACCACUUUGUUGAACGAGGAGCUGUGGAAAAAUCUUUGUAAAAGUGUAAACAGACGAGAAAACAGUUGAAUUAAACUGUUCUGAAGCGUUGUUACUUUGUCAACUGAAUAACGGAAACAGUCGUCGCUUUUCGCCGGUACGGAGGAUAUUACAAAACUUCCCAAAGAGGAAUUCUACAUUCAGGAUGUCGGAGUGAAACAAAGAGGUCUGUGGGCAUUCCUGUCGGAGAGGGUUUGAACUUCAUCCUUGUGGCCUUUUCUGAAUGGGAAAGAUGGAAAGGGAGUUACAAUGGUGGAAAGGACAGCUAGCAGGGGAUAUCCAUCAGUCCCUCCGCAUCAAGGAGUUGAAGCUGCCCGUGUACCGGGCCCACUCCCCUCAGAUAGGGAUGCGUCGGUACUUUGCAGACCUGCUGGCCAUACUGUCUAACCGCUACCAGCUGUGCCCUACAGCCAGACACCUGGCCGUCUACCUACUGGACCUGUUCAUGGACCACUACGACGUAGCCGUCAAACAGCUCUACGUCAUCGCUCUGUCCUGCCUGCUCCUCGCCAGUAAGUUUGAGGAGAGGGAGGACCGGGUACCUAAGCUGGAGCAGCUGAACUCCCUGGGCUUCAUGUGUUCUCUGAACCUUGUUCUCAACAAGAGAGACCUCAUCAAGAUGGAGCUGCUGCUGCUGGAGACGUUCAGCUGGAACCUGUGUAUGCCCACCCCAGCCCACUUCAUAGACCACUACCUCCAGGCCUCGGUGCAGGAGGGAGACCUGUACAACGGCUGGCCUCUCUCCUCCCUCUCCAAGACCAAAGGCUUUAUGGACAAGUACACACACUACUUCCUGGAGGUGUCACUGCAAGACCAUGCAUUCCUGAGUUUCCGUCCGUCUCAGGUGGCGGCGGCAUGCGUAGCGGCGUCUCGUAUCUGUCUCCAGAUUUCUCCUAGCUGGACCACGUCUCUACACCUACUGACUGGAUACACCUGGGAGCACCUCACACACUGCAUCAAACUCAUGCUGCUUGCCCAUGACAGUGAUGUGAAGGAGGCCAACAAACCCAAAUCCACCCCUCCGUUGUCUCGUUCCUCCUCUCUCCAGUCCCACCCUCCUCCCUCUCACCUCUCCCCGGUCCCAGCCAUCCAGAGACCAGCUACCUCCUCCACCUCCACCUCCCAGCAGCUCCUCUUCCAGCCCGGCCCAGUGGGCUUCCCACACCUCUCCCAGCACUCCCCCUCCCUGUCCCAGCUCCACGCGCUAGCGGACUCCCAGGCUUUGGAGCCUGCUGGGGUCAACAUGUCCCAGGACUUCCUCCAGAGCCACAGGAUGGGGCUGCUCACUGGGGCCACCACCAUGACCUCCACAGCAAGGGCCUUCCCCUCCUAUCCUAGCCUGACUUCGGGGCUCCAGCCUGGGGCUCGGGUGGCACCGCUGGCCUUGCAGGGCCCCAUCUCCAUACAGGUAGCCUUGGCAGCGGAGCCGCGACACUGCCUCAGCAUGGCCUACAGCGGGGGGUACCUGGGGGGCGUGGGCUUCACGGCAGCGGGCUGCUUCGACAGGUGACGCCAGGAGACGGAGGAGAGGAUGAACAGCAAACCACCCCGAGCCAGGGACAGGGAGCGCUGCACUCCUCUUCCAUCACUUCUUCCUCCUCCUCUCCGCUCCCUGGCGGACCUCCUCUCUCUCUCCGUCAGCACCCCGUCCCCCUCCUCGGCCGCCCCCCGCCCCGCUCCCCCCACCCUCAGACAGAGACGGAGAGAAAGACUGCUCAAACGCAAGCAAAGGUCAAAGGGCACCGAUGACCCCGUGGAGGUCAUCACACUGACAUGACACCUGAUGUCACUGACUUGAUGUUGAACACUGUGUUCCGAUCACGUCACAGGAACAUGAUGCCAAGGCAGUAGCAUUAACACUGUAGAAUAGUCACCGUAUGUCCCUGGUUGAGAGACUGUUGUUAUCACUGUGAACCAGAGGCUAUGCAGCAUGAUUCCUCCUCAGUGCAUCCUGUGUGUUGGCUGUCUGUGAAUUCAGCUGGUUGAAGAUUAAGUGCUGCUGGAUCGCUCUCACUGUAAUCCAAAAAAUAUUAACUCAACUGAAGAGGAGAAAUGGAUCAGUAAAGUGACACCUUGAGCUGCUGACUUGGGAACAGUGGUAUGAAGUGUUAUAAGUAGACAUACCAGUGAGUUGAGGCUAUGUCACUUGCUAUGUCAGUAUAUAAAGGCUUUAUGACUUUUAUGCCAGUGAAUAAAGGGAUUAUGUCACUUAAGUGCUACAGGGGUCCUCUGAGAAUUCCUACCCAUAAUCCUCUCUGGAUGGGGAGGGGAGGCCACAGAGUUCAUUGUUCUGUCACAGCAGGGGAAAUCCACAGUUAACAUACCUAUCAUGUUUCUCUCCUUCCAUCUUCCCUCCUUGAGAGAGAGAUUCUAAUUCUAUGCUUGGAACUUUGAAGUGUACAUAAUAAAAUGUAGCUGCCUUCUGCGUGAGUUGAAGACUAGUCUUGUUUCCAUGAACCACAGUGUAUAUCAGGGACUUGAUGUAACAGAUUACUUGAAUACGAUGCCAUUGAAACGUGCCGUAGCUUUUUAUUUAUAUUGACAUUUGUUAGUUGUUGCUUUAUUUUCUAUUCCUUGGUGGUUUAUUUUCUAUUCCUUGGUUAAGUUAGUUUUUUUUUUAUACCAGCGUGAAACACAUUGUUUAUUUUUUAAUUAACAUAUUUUUUUGCCUUGUAUAGCUACUGAAUAUUCAGGCUCAGGUUGUUAGGCUGAGGUUACCCAAUCAGCUGCCGUCUUACUCUGUGCUGUUGAGUGUGCUUUAAGUAGAUGCUAGCAUGGCACCCAGGAGGGUUUCUCACGUCUCUACGUCUCUCAGAGGAAGAGGACCUGCCUUUUAAAUAAUAUACCAAGAUAUAUAAACACAGUACGUUUUCAUCCUGGUGGAAUCCGUGACCUUGCGGACGAUGAAACACACAGCCCAUCUGCAGCUUGUCAUCACUAAUUGCUUCCCACAUUUCCAGCGCUGCGUUUCCCAAACGUCCACUUCCUGUUGGAACGCUGGAACGUAAACACGUCCAGAUUCCCCGUCUGGGUCACAGGCGGUCUCGCUGGUUACUGUGGCGAUGGCUGAAAAUCUAAAUCAGGGGCUCACUCAGAAGAAUGUUAAGAUAGAAAUGUGCUGUUUUAGAUCAGCUAUGGGUAUCUUGUGUAGAGCAGGGAAUAAUGGAAGCUCUAUAAAUCACAUUUCUAUCUGCAACAGUGUUAACUUCUGGUCCUUUUCUCUGUCGGUAUCCUUUUUGAAUGUGUAUAUUUGACUAUGGUUGUACCUCGUCCCCAGCAGUUUUCAGACUUGGAACUAUGCUGUUCCUACUAAGGCUGUGUUCUGGUUCUCAGAACAUGUAUGUUCUGAUUCUCAAUGUUCUAGGCUUAGAUAUCAGAGUAUUUCAUUGAACACUGUAUGAAGCCUUCUUAAGCAAGAUAUCUGGCAAGCAUCUGAAAUGUGUGUCUAAACUUUUAUAGCAUAAACAUAACUUACUGUAGUCUAGAUAGUAUUUUACUACAAAUGGAAUGAAGGGCUUUGUAGACUACUGUAUGUUGUUACUAGCAACCAAAUGCAUCUUCCUGACUGAUCUCUUCUGAACUAUGUUAAUCCCACUCACUGUACGGUCAUCACUACUUUUUAUAGACACAAGGAUUCUGCCUUUUUAACUUUGUACAGUUUGUUGUUUUACAUUCCUAUUAUUUUAAGUGGAUUUUAUUUACUCCUGUUCUUCCUGUGUUAAUAAAGAUGGAUGCAGUCGG